AAAAUUAUGGCAAUGGGAUCGCUUACUUCAAUCUGUCUUUCGAUGAUGUUGUUGGCAUGCCUGGCCGGUGCGUGUCACAAUCUACCAGCAAUGCAGUUUUUGGGUCCGAGAGCGUACAUACUUCAACAACGUAUGGAGUGCAAAGGCGGCAAAGUUUACGACAUUGACAACGUCCAGGAUGUCGAGCAGUGCAGAGAGGCGUGUCGACAGUUUGAUUGCGCUGCUGUCAACCUCUUACAAUUGGGUGAAUUCGCGUUUAAAUGCGAGAUUCUCAACAGCGUAUAUGGAAUGCAACCCGCCACUGGGGCUGCUUGCUACUAUGCCUCUGAUGCAAUGGGUGCUUAUGGUCUUGGCGGUUACGGCGGCUAUGGUGGUUACUUCGGACGAAGAUAGGUUGAGAUUUGUGUGUUGUACAUAAAGCUGUUACUGUGACCAAGAGAGCUAAUUGUAGAUGUUGUUGAUAAUGAAUGAUGUAUGUAUUUAAUUUGUUAUUUGAUAACAAUUGCCAUUCAUUUGAACAUAUUUUAUACUUUUUUCUAAUGCUUAGCUCUCAGUGUGGUUUUUCGAACAUGUUUGUCGAAAUAAAUAAAUGUACACAC